UGCGCCUGGGCCGCCAGUGACCUGGGCCGGGUCCGCCCGGUGGGCUGAGGUUGCGGAGGCGGCGGCGGGUGGCACUGCGGCGAGGCGGCGCGACCCGCGGGCGCCGACUCCCGGAGGCCGCCGUCCGGGCGAGGUGUCCUCAUGACUUCCCCUGCAGACCAUGUCUAUGAUCCUUUUUGCCUGUGUGGUGAGGGUGAGGGAUGGACUGCCCCUCUCAGCUUCCACUGACUUUUACCACACCCAGGAUUUUCUGGAAUGCAGGAGACGGCUCAAGACUUUAGCCUUGCGACUGGCCCAGUACCCAGGUCGAGGUUCUGCAGAAGGAUGUGACUUCAAUAUACAUUUUUCUUCGUUGCGGGAUGUGGCUUGCAUGGCUAUCUGCUCCCGCCAGUGUCCAGCAGCCAUGGCCUUCUGUUUCCUGGAGACUGUGUGGUGGGAAUUCACAGCUUCCUAUGAUACCACCUGUAUUGGCCUAGCCUCCAGGCCAUAUGCCUUUCUCGAGUUUGACAGUGUCAUUCAGAAAGUGAAGUGGCAUUUUAACCAUAUAAGUUCCAUUCAGAUGGACAGCAGCUUAGAAAAAAUUCAGGAGGAGCUGGAGUUCCAGCCUCCAGUAGUUCUCACUCUGGAGGACACAGAUGUGGCAAAUGGGAUAAUGAAUGGUCACACACAGAUACACUUGGAGCCUGCUCCUAAUUUUCGAAUGGAACCGGUGACAGCCCUAGGCGUCCUCUCGCUUAUUCUCAACAUCAUGUGUGCUGCUCUGAAUCUCAUUCGUGGGAUUCACCUCGCAGAACAUUCUUUACAGGUUGCCCACGAGGAAAUUGGAAAUAUCUUGGCUUUUCUUAUUCCUUUUUUAGCCUGUAUUUUCCAGUGUUAUUUGUACCUGUUCUAUAGUCCAGCUAGGACUAUGAAGGUGGUGCUGCUGCUGCUCUUUAUCUGCCUGGGCAACAUAUACCUGCAUGGGCUGAGGAACCUCUGGCAAAUCCUCUUCCACAUAGGAGUGGCUUUUCUGUCUUCGUAUCAGAUACUGACCAGGCAGCUUCAGGAGAAGCAGGCUGACUGUGGAGUUUGAAGGCGACACUGUGUGAUUGAUGGAUCUUUUGGCUUUCUUAGGAGGGUCAUCUGUAUUUCCCUUCUGGCUUCUCAACCUCACCUCAAGUUUCCACCCUUGAAGUUCCCUUCAACCAAACCUGGCUGAGACCGAAAGUUGGGGAUUUUUAACAGGUGCAGUAGAAGGCACAAGGUGGCUUGAUUUCCCAGUCCUGGUUUUGUGCUGAGCGUUACUGCAGAAUCUCCAGGUCAGCACAUCUUAGGACAGCAGAACCUGGGGACUCACUCACAAGGAGCAUUAUGGAAAGAUCAAAACGGAAUUGUUUUGGUCUUUUAAACCGAAUGAUGCAAUAAACCACUAGAUUCAUUAACACUAGUUUUAGUAACUGGCAGUUGUCUCUGAGGAAUCACUUUAAAACCCAUAUCAGCUUUUCAGUCUAAAUGCGACUUGGUUUUUUGUAGAGGGUCAAUACAGGGUGAAUUAAAAAUUUUAAAAUAUGGUUCAGAAAUAUAAGCUAGAUCAAUUUUGUUUACAUUUUUUGAUAACUUAGGUCUGAUAUGAUACCUUUAGAAUAUUUAAAUAUAUUUUGGAUAUAAAUUGAACUUAUCUUCAUUUAGGGAAAGGACAAACUUAAGCUGAGAAAAUGGUUAAGAAAAAUGAGUUUAUUUAAUUUAUAUAUAACUUUUUAUGGUGGUGGGGCCGCGUGGGUACAGAAAUGUUUUGUAUUUAUUUGCAGGGUAUAUCUGAACAUCUUAAAAAUUGAGUAACCAGUGCUACUGGAUCAUAGCUUAUGAGCAUGAGCAUGAGCUUAAAAACCUGAGAAUUUCAGGAUUCUCUGCAGUGGGCCACAGACUGGAGUAGGUGAAUCACAUGGAUUCACAUACUGGUAUUUUACAGAUGCAGGUGGUAUUAAAAAAAAAAAAAAGCUGUUGUCAUCAGCCUUGUAUAUGGCAGCUGAGUGCCUGUCAUUUUAAUGAUGAUCAAUGCCUGACCUGUGUACCUGUUCUAGAAAGCCCUCCCAAAUUAAUUGCUUUCUGCACCUUUCCCAUUCAUCUUAAUUAGAUUGAGGGCCUCAUUCUUUAUGAACAGGAGUUAAGUAGGUGUUAACUUUUUUAAAGUUUCCUAAAGAUAUAAUUAUCUCUGUGCUCUGCGAAGUUGCUUUUCUUCUCCCGUUGUCAAAAUAGUUGAUUGAUCACAGCUUUCCAAAAUGUGGCUCUGAGUAAGAUCUCUUAGGUCUCCAGAAAUUUCAGCCUGGGUUGUCCAGUAGCAUUCAGGAGGCCAUAUUACAAGUUUGCCCUUUGGAUUCUUCUUGGUUGGAAUUUGAAUAGCUCAACCACAAUUGCAUGGGGUAUCAGGUUGAAUUAUGUGGUCUUGAUAAAUUAAAAAAUCUGCUUUGAUAGCUUUUAUUUUAUUUUAUUUUAUUUUUUUUUGAUAGCUUUUAAAAGUUGAAAACCAUAGCAAGAGUUAUUAUGUGGGGAAAGCAAGAAUAUAAUUUUAGGGAAUUCAGUUGUACUUGAUUGUUAUUGUUAGCGCCUUGCUAUUGAGCUACCUUGAUGUCACUUUAAGAAAAACAAGUAUAUGUGACUGGAAACUGUUGGGAAAAUGUUGCCACAGUCAUUUCAUUUUCUUACAACUUUCUGUUUUCAAUCAAAUGAAACAUCUGGAUGUGAAAGGUAUAUUGGCAGCAUCCUCAGAUGUCAAGUUCACAGUUGUCUCUCCUUUUAUCCUGCACCUGCAUAAUUUUCUGCACACCCAACAGGUGAAUCUAAAGGUUUUCUGGGACAUAAUUUUGAAGAGACGGUAAAAUAGAAUGGUUAGCCAAGGACUUUAAAAGUUGAUAAGAGCAGCUUACAAGUGAAUUGUGGUUUUUUGGGGUUUUUUUGAGCCCGAGUGUUAUUGAUAUCGCCGUGUUGCCCUGUAUCCCCAGAUGCUCAUGUUCUUGGGGUCUGAGCCUGUGAUCCACAUUCAGCAGGCAGUAGAGAACCAUACCUGAAAAGGAGUCCCUCCUGGCCGAUGCUUCCUGCACUGGUGGGAUGUUUCUACACUUGGUUGAAUGUGGUUUUCAUCCAUAAACAUCUACAUUGAUUGAAUUUUGCAAACAAAAGGGAAAAGGUGCAUUAGACAAACAGUACCAAAUAGUGACCACAUACACAUUGUUUAUCUAGAAUCCAGCUUGAAAGAAGCCUCAGCUCACUGGAGGAAGAGACAAGUGAUAGGAAAGAAGUUCUGGGGAUAUUGUCCAAGGGAAAUCCCAGGCUUGGGGUUGACCUGUUCAGGCCUGGAGUUUUGUGGCUCCCUGUGUAAUAUCAUCCUUGUUGCCAGAAAGCUGGCCUCCCAUCGCAGGAGUCAUCCUCACUACCCCACAGACUCACUGUUCUAGCACUUUGUUUUCUCAGUGAUAUCAUGCUACUUGUCCAGCUGACCUCACAGGGAUAGAUCUGGGAAUAGAUGAAAUAAUGUUGAAAACAAACCUUCCAAGUGCCUUCUGCGAUCAGAUGCUGCAAGAUCUUGAACAUUGGAGUACAUUAUUCCCAUCGAUUGUAUCAGGCUGGGAAUGUGGCUCAGUGCUCUUGACCAGGGUUUCCCAACCAAGGGGCCAAGACCAGAAGGGUUCUCCCUUCCCCAAGCAUGCUGGUCAAAGAAACAUGCAGACUCUGGUUUUCAUUUCCCUGGGCUAGUCCUACUGCGAUGAGGGUCAUUCCUGAUUUCUUUUUCCUGGGUGGAGACAAUCAGGGGCGUGUUGGGGGUGGCACUUCUCAGUAUGGAGGCCCCAUUGCUGGCAGCAGAAGGAAUGUGACCGAAGGCCCCUGGUUUUGCUUCUCAGGCCUGCACCCCUGUUAGCGAACUCUGUUGUAGGCACUGUGAAGCAAAGCCCACCAUUUUCAAAGUUCUUUAAGGGGUGGGAAAAAGGGCAUCAAGAGAUGAAAACAUUCAAUCUCAUUUCUGUCACCUCACCUUGAGCUCCUCGUUCUUUUCCUAGGUGCUUCCCAUUCUCUAGGACUCCUCUGCCUCUCCCCAUGUCUGUCCCACACAUUCCAGCCCUGGAGGCAGAGGCUGAAACUGGAAUCUCCGGAGGGAUGAGAAGGCCACCUUUACUUGUAGCUGAUGGGGUGCGUGCAGGAGCUUCAGAGUGGGAACAGAUGGCUUGAGGCCCAGCCCCUUUCCUCUGUUCCCCCAGGAACUUCAACACACACUUAGGAGUCUGUGCUCAGAGAGGAAUGGCACUUUGGUGGUCAGCACCGCUCAGAGUCAGUGGUGAUAGCCAGCAGGACUGGCUGUUUGGGGCGCAGCGAGCGGGGCACAAGUGAGUGGCAAAGCCGGGGGCCGUCAAGUGGCUGCCCCUUGGCAGCUGGGGCAGUUGGGGCCGCAUACUGCACCCUCAUCCAGGGCCGCUGCGGGCUGUUCCUUGAAGGAGUCAACCUCUCACUGUAACGUGCAGGUAUGCGCACACAGCAGCGCAGGUGAGGACCAGCAAGCAUGGCAGUGUUUGCAGGGGAUCAGAUGCACGCCCCUUGUUCUGGUGUUGCUCACAUUCCAAAUGUUCCUACUCAGAAUCUGCCCAGGUACAGAGAAGCUCUGCUGUGUGCUCUGUUAAUUGUGGAGGAAGAGAGAGUAGAUGUGCCCUGGAGAGAUGGAGGAGGCCUGGGGUUCGGCUUGACCCUGAGCUAGGGGUCCUGUGCCACUGUGGGCCAGUCCGGCCCAGGGGCCCUAGUGUCCUCACUUGGCAAGUGGUGGCCAUAAGCUGCCUCCCCAUCAUGCUGUCAUGAAGAUAAAAGCCUGGUGGAGGAGGACUCGGAGUGAAUCCCUCGUUCAUGUGCAGGUAGAGAAAGGCUUUCAUCCGAUGCAAGGAAAUUCAUGCUCUAGGCAGCACAGUGUAGCCAUGUCUUCCAGCUUUUACAAAAAGGGGGCAUUUUCUUGACACUGCAAUGUAAACAGACUCAUUCUUUCACUUUCAAAGGCCAUGUGGCCUCUGUUUCCCCUCCUUUAACCUGCCUCUUGCUCUCCAGUCACAGAGCUCUUGGUACUGUUGGCGUUGGGCCCUUCAGGAUCCAGGGAGGCCAGUUCUGCUGGUUGGACCAAACCUCAAGGGCCCUCCCUGACCCACAUGAGGAGAGCUCUGAUCCUCCCAUCUGGGAGCAGUGAUGUCAGACCUCUGUUGCUGGGGAGACGUCUUGGCAGGGAACCUGUGGAAAAAGGCUUGUCAGUAAUAUCUGGGAAUGGCCGGAUAUGGAAACAUCUGCCCGUGUGUACCGACGACAGAGCUGCUGUCCACAAGCGCCUUUUAUUUAGGAUAAAAUGAUCAAAUCCAUUGUUCUUCUAACCUGUGCUUGGUACAUAUGAGCUUCUUUAACCCUUAUGUGAUUCUGGGGUUACUUCAGAAGUAUUAUUUAAUGGAUUAUUCCUAUGACUUGACCCCCCAGAAUUCGGUUUUAUUUAAUAGACUUUUCUACUAAGAGUAUAAAGACUGAGGCUGAUGUAGCCAGGGCAAAACCAUUUAUUUCACAUAUUCAUUCUGGAUGCUUGCUGUCCAUGUUGUACUAGCUUCUUACUGUUUUCAUGUAAUAAGAAAGAUCUAUUUUGAAUAAACAACGGGUAUGUUUUAACAAACUCUCACGCAGUCCUAAGGCCUAAACUUGUGUUAAUGUAUGUAAAGAAUAUUGUAUAGCCAUUUAUAUACUAUGUAUAUAUACGUUAAAUAAGGUGGCUUCAGAAGUGAGAGGAGAAUAAAUCUAAGGUGCUUAUUAA